AGCCAGCAGAACAGCCGCUGGGCGUCGGCCUCUUCCGCCUCACGCCGCUGCCCUCAGCUCAGCCCCGCCCCGAGCGGCGGCGGCGGUCUGACCUCGGUCCUGUCCGGUGGGCGGCUAGCAGUGGUCCCUGCGGCGGGGCCGGCAUGGCCGUGCCCUGGGCUCUGCCCGCGCCACUCAGCCCGGCACAGCUGAAGCGCCUGGAACAGCACCGCUACAGCGCGGCCGGGUGCUCGCUGCUGGAGCCGUGGCUGCAGCCCUACUGGGCUUGGCUGGUGGAGCAGGUCCCGCUGGGGCUGGCCCCCAACGCCAUCACCCUGGGCGGCCUCCUGCUGAACUGCCUGACGGCGCUGCCGCUCAUCGCCUGCUGCCCCAGCGCCACCGAGCAGGCACCUUCUUGGGCAUACAUCCUGGGUGCAUUAGGACUUUUUAUCUACCAGUCCCUGGAUGCCAUUGAUGGGAAGCAAGCCAGAAGAACAAACAGUAGUUCCCCUCUAGGAGAACUCUUUGAUCAUGGUUGCGACUCUAUUUCCACAGUUUUUGUUGUCCUUGGAUCCUGCAUAGCAAUCCGACUAGGAACAAAUCCUGACUGGUUGUUUUUCUGUUGUUUUGUGGGACUGUUCAUGUUCUAUUCUGCUCACUGGCAGACAUAUGUAUCAGGCAUUCUAAGGUUUGGAAAAGUUGAUGUAACUGAAGUUCAGAUUGCCAUAACAAUGCUGCUCUUGAUAUCUGCAUAUGGUGGAUCAGCAAUAUGGGACUAUAAGGUCCCUGUGGUGGGCUUAGAACUGAAGUUCAUUGCAGUUUUGGGCAUAUUGUGUGGAACAGCACUUUCUUUUUUCAAUUACUUCCGUGUCAUCUUUGGUGGAGGGGUUGGAAAGAAUGGAUCUACAAUAGCAGGAACAAGUGUUCUUUCACCAGGCCUGCACAUUGGACUUCUUAUCGUACUGGCUGUUAUGAUCUAUAAAAAGUCCACAACUCAGCUGUUUGAAAAACAUUCUUGCCUGUAUGUCUUGACAUUUGGAUUUGUGAAUGCUAAAAUCUCACAGAAGUUGGUGGUGGCUCACAUGACAAAAAGUGAAAUCUGUCUUCAGGACACUGCAUUUAUUGGGCCAGGACUUCUGUUUUUGGACCAGUACUUCAACAGUUUCGUUGAUGAAUAUAUUGUUCUAUGGAUAGCAUUGUUCGUAUCCUUGUUUGAUAUGCUGAGAUAUGCCACUGGUGUAUGCCUACAGAUUGCUGCUCAUCUUCAUAUACAUGUCUUCAGAAUUUCAUCUCAUCAAGCUCCUGAACAGGUUCAAAACCAUACUGACUGAUUAAAUAGGUCAAGGAUGAAAGGAGAAGCAGUUAGGUACAAGUUGUUUCUCCAUUGAGCCAUCAGAAUAACAUGGACUGAAGAGACUUGCGAACAGUUGCCAUCUCCUGCUGUUGCUGUUACGAGAAAAGGAGAUAAUAUUGAACAAAUGCCCUAUCAAUAUGAUUCCUUUGAGCUAAUUAAAUGAAUGUCAAAUGACUUUUUUAUAGAAUGUUCUGUUUUUGCAUUUAACUGACUUCUUCAUAGAUCUGAUACUUACAGUGUCCAUCAUAAUCUUCUUCUGCAACAUAGCCAUUUCUUUGCGAAGUUCACUUUGUGUACCAGCUAGAAGAUUUUCAUUGCUCUUCUCCAGCUCUUCCAUGCUCUGAAGUUAAGGAUAAUCUUAAUUCAGAACUGUUCAAUGUCAAAGGGUUAAUUUUAAACAAACAAACCAUUAUUCAGACUACAAUUUAAUUUUUACAGCAGCAGUGGUCACUGAUAAUUGAUGAGUUUUGUCAUGAACUUGACAGACAAUUCAUACAGGACUUCCUACUCCAGUCUACACUCCUGUUUAAACAAUGCAGACGUUGUGAAAGAAACAGUCCCCUCCACUCAGCAUCUGUGAGGUCUCAGCUAGUUAUCCUGCAUUUCACUAAAGAUAAGAGUUCUACAAGAAAAGAUUAAACAGACAUCUGUCAGGAAUGAUAGGGUUUUAAUAUUAUGACAACCUUGGAGACUUGAAGUAAGGACUAUAAAACCCAUUAAAUUUCCUUCUCUUUGCACACUUCUCCCCAGAUAAGCCAAGGAAAGCUUGCUGGUUAUCUUCCCUUUUGUACAUACAAAUUAUGUCUAACUGUGUACUGUGUAGUUGCAUUUUCUUGACUUUUAUUUAGUUAAGCUUAUUUUGAGGGUUGAUUUCUACCUUUUGAUCUUUUUUGAAGAGAAAAAAAUAAAGUAAUACUUGACCUUC